GCAGUCAGUGCUGCCUGGCUGGACUUAUUCAUUUCACUGACAGCUGACUUCAAGUCAACCAACCAAUUUUUACUCAUUCCAUCACUCAUAUUUGAUCCUUUAAAACACAGCCCGCUGAUCUGUCCAAGACUUGACCCGUGUCUCUGCUCUCUAGUAAUUUGAAAGACUUAGUAUAUUUAGUGAAAUAAUUUAAUUUAACUAAUUUAAUUUUUCCCGGUAGAUAAUUCUGACCUUUAUUCAAACAGAAGUGUGAAUCAGUAAGCCGCUAGGUUUGAUUUAGUGGUGAGAGAUUUUGGUAGUAUGCAUGAGGUUCUAGGUUCUGAGUCAUGCUCAUGGUCAAUGCAAUGCUGCACAAGGUCAAUAGGUCUACUUAUUUGUUAGACCACCAUGAUGAUGAUUAUCAGUCAGUCAUGGCUAUUUGGCUAAAAAACCUCAUCCCUGUGUUCUUUUUUUGCUUCUUAACUACGGUUGCAGUUGCAGAAACUAGUUCCCAUGAUGAUGACCAAUGCAAAGAAUCAAGUUGUGAUGGUAUUCAUGGACCAUUCAUAAGAUUCCCCUUCAGACUCAAAGGAAAACAGCCAAAAUGGUGUGGCUAUAAUAAUUCCUGGUUUGAGUUGUACUGCACCAACACCAACCAAACAGUGCUGAAACUCCCUUUUUCUUCUAAAACCAUCAUCAAAACUAUAGAUUACACUUCACAAAUCAUUACAGUGUCUUAUCCUGAAUUCUGCCUUCACAAACAAAUUCCUAAUUUCGACAUAUCCUCAUCUCCCUUUCAGUUCAACUAUGAAUUUGGACUCAAAGAAUAUGCUUUAUUCAAUUGUUCAAAGACUUCUCAGAGAAACACAGAUCACAUAAUAACAUCUGGAAACUUUUCUUGUCUAAAUGUUCCGGGAUUUGAAGUUAUAGCAGUGAAUUCGGAAUCAUCAAUAAUCAGGACACCCUUGCUGUCCUGUACCAGAAUCCAAAGCCUUGUAUUGUUGCCUAAUUCUUUGUUUAAAAGCAACGUUGAUGCUGGUCUCAAUUGGUUCCAACCAGACUGCAGAAACUGUGAACGAAAAGGCGGGCAAUGCAAGGCCAAAAGAAACACAUCUCAACACAAAUUUAAAUGUAUAGGCAUCCAUAAAGGUUCAUCAAAAGUGAAAGUGAUUGCUGGUGGAAUCAUAGGCCCAUUUUCUCUGAUAUUUGUUGGAGUCACAGCAUAUUGUAUCUAUGUAGCUUUCAUUGAAAGGAAGCAUUACAUAAGAAUCAAAAAGUUUUUGAAAGAUUAUAAAGCUCUUAAACCUUCCAGAUACUCAUAUGGAGAUAUUAAAAGAAUUACAAAUCAGUUUAAGGAAGAACUGGGGCAGGGAGCUUUUGGUUCUGUCUUCAAAGGAAAGCUAUCAAAGGAAGUUCAGGUAGCUGUUAAGGUCCUAAACACUUCAACAGGAAAUGGCCAAGAGUUCAUCAAUGAAAUGGAAGCAAUGUGUCAAAUUCACCACGUCAACGUGGCUCGCUUGGUUGGCUUUUGUGCAGACGGGAACAGACAAGCCUUGGUGUAUGAAUUUCUACCAAAAGGUUCGUUGCAGAAAUUCAUAUCAUCUGCAGACAAUAAGGAUGCCUUUUUAGGUUGGGAAAGGCUACAACACAUUUCUCUCGGUAUAGCUAAGGGAAUUGAGUAUCUUCAUCAAGGUUGCGAUAAACGAAUUCUCCAUUUUGAUAUCAAACCUCAUAAUGUAUUGCUAGACGACAAUUUCACACCCAAAAUUUCUGAUUUUGGUUUGGCCAAACUUUGUUCCAAGGAAAAAAGUAAAGUGUCAAUGAUCACGGCUAGGGGCACUUUGGGCUACAUUGCACCAGAGGUAUUUUCUAGGAACUUUGGCAAUGUAUCCUAUAAGUCAGACAUUUAUAGUUAUGGAAUGAUGCUUCUUGAAAUGGUUGGAGGAAGGAAAGUAACCGAUGUCACGGCCGAAAACAGCAACCAAGUUCACUAUCCACAAUGGAUUUAUAAUCUUCUAGAGAACAAUGAAGAUAUAAAAAUCCACAUUGAAGGAGAAGAAGACACUAGAAUUGCCAAGAAGCUAUCAAUUGUGGGACUUUGGUGCAUUCAGUGGCAUCCGGCGAAUCGUCCGACCAUGAAGGCUGUUGUUCAAAUGCUGGAAGGAAAUGGUGAGAAGUUAGAGAUGCCACCUAAUCCUUUUGCCUCUGCAUCGGCUACCAGAACAGGUGCUAGACAUCUGAACUUGGAGCUAGAUGUCAUCUCAGAAAUAGAGUGAAGAUGGGAACAACAGUAUUUACACUGUAUUAUAAAUUACAGUUUCUUUAAAUAAAUUUUAUGUGCACUUAUAUCGACCGUUUCUAUGGACUUCAAUAUUAAUAUUAGUUUCAUGUAUCUUAAAACUUAGGGUGGAAUUUUUAAGGGACGAGAUUCAUGUGAAUAUGAAGAAGUUAUGUAAUGAGCUUAAGCGCAGAUUCCAUUUGUAAUGAAUUUUGUUUAAUAAAUGCAUAGAUCAUUUCAAAUAAAAUCUGAGUUCAGUUUAACUA